UGCAAUGUAAUUCUUCGCUAUUGCUCUUUGCUGGACAGGUCAGGGAAGAGCUGGAGCGUGCCAAAUCUCACGCGGCCGAAUGUCAUAGUUGUACUGGGCCUGCUGUUGAAGUUAUAGCACAACGGAUGCACUCAAUGGAGGAUACUGUUCAGGAACUGAAGGAUGCAAUCAUUCACUCUCCCCACCUUGCAAGUUGCACUGGGCUUGCUGUUGAAAAUGUACAACAACGGAUGCACUCAAUAGAGGAUACUGUUCAGAAACUGAAGGAAGCAGUGAAGCUUGCAAUCAUUCACUCUCCCCACCUUGCAAGGGCUAAUGCUAACUCUACGGGAAGGAAUGAUGUGAGAAACUUACAGCUUCAACUUCAAACCAAACUGUCACUUCCUCUAUAUACUGCAAACAAACUAGAAGGAGAUGGGGGAGGAGACAUUUAUGUUGACUUGAUCGAUGCAAAUACCAGGGAAGUUUUUACAUCAGGCCCGGAAUCCUCUAUUAAGUUGGAUGUCGUCGUGCUUGAAGGUGACUUUGACAAAGACGAUGAGGAUAACUGGACCCAAGAAGAGUUUGAGAACCACGUGGUUAAACAACGUGAAGGAAAGAGGACACUUUUGAUUGGAGAUCUCUUAGUGACGCUCAAAGGAGGUGUUGGGAAGCUGGGAAAUCUCAUGUUUACUGACAAUUCCAGCUGGAAUAGGAGUAAAAGUUUCAGGAUAGGGCUUAAGGUGGCCUCAGGUUAUUGUGGGAACGCACGAAUCCGACAAGCAAAAACAGAAGCCUUUGUUGUCAGGGAACAUAGAGGAGAAUCAUACAAGAAACAUUAUCCACCUGCAUCUGACGAUGAUAUCUGGAGGUUGGAGAAGAUCGCCAAAGAUGGGAAACUUCACAAAAAACUAUGUGAAGCAGGAAUACAUAAAGUGGAGGACUUUCUGCUGCAACUAUUUAUCGACUCUGAGAAACUGAGAAAGAUUCUCGGAAAGAGCAUCAUACCGAAGAAGUGGGAUAUCCUUGUAGAUCAUGCAAAGACUUGCAAAAUAGAUCAGAAACUUUAUUUGUACUAUUCUGAUGGCAUGAGGAAGCAUGGUGCUGUAUUCAACACUAAUAAGCAACUGAUCGGUCUGAUCAAAGAUGGUAUAUUUAGCUACUCAUCAACUUACUGCCCAAGAGAAGGAACAUGGAGAUACAAUCAUGAAAAAGGCCUUGGCUAACUUGAAUGAUGUUAACGAGUUCAGUGGUGAGACCUUUUCUGGUUCAAUACAGAAAAAAAGCUCAAGAUCUUUUCCAUCUCAAGUCUAUGAAGGACAAAUUGAAAAUCUCACCCCAGUUCAAGGUUCUAUGGCUGCAGCAAUCUUCUCUGCUCCAGUUAAUCCGGAAGCUCCUCUGACAAAUGGGGGUGUCACUGCUGAAGUUCUUUCUCCAGGACAGUACAGUGGUGCAACUGCUUCAACAUUGUCAGGACAGUCACAACAUCCCAAUUUUGGAAAUGCCAUGGGGUGUCCCGUCGAUGAAAAUGCUCCUCCCGCUGCAUGUCGGCCCAUACUUGCAGACCGCUCGAAUGGUCUCUUUUCUCCAGGAAAUAAUGGUAUUUCUACUUGCGGAAUGCCAACACAGCCCCCUGAUAUCAUUUCACAGGAUGCCAUGCGUAGCCAAAUGACGUCGAGCCACAUGGACUGUAGAGUAACUGAAAAUGUCAUCCCCUCGGAACCACCCUGUGCUUCAACAUCAAGCUUCCAAUCCGGUAGCUCACUUGCUCAUCUUGAAGGCAAUCACGAGACUAAAGAUUUUCAUACAAAUGUUUCAAAUGACAAUUUGUCGAGCUCUUGGCCUGAUUACGCACCAGAUGAAGACGCUUACGUUAAGCCAUUCGUUAGUGUAUAGUACAGCUUUGUUGAACGCCUUCCUAGGAGACUAAUUUUUUCAUCGGAAAGUCUCUCCCUACUUCAGUUAUCUUAACCUCUUUUUUUCAAAAGUUCUCUGAUAUUUCACAUGCAAGGAGUGCAAUGCAUAUCACUCAGAGUGUACUUUGAUUCUGUGCUUAUUAUGCACCUGGAACUGCGACCCCAUCCAUUGAGUCCUAUGUAUUCAGCCUCGCUCGGUUGCAGUUAUCUGU